AUGAUCGUGACACUGUUUCUACUAGAGAUUAUCAUCUUCGCAGUAAAUGUGGAACAAUCCUGUUUCUCGAGCUUCGAAAUUUGGGUAAAAAAAUUUUGCUCAAAAUAUAUUAAAAGAGAACAUUCAUGUUGCCUAUUUUUGAACGACCGCAAAGCGCAGUGGAACACAUGGAUAACUUCGGCCAAUAUUCAUCAGGUGUCUCCUUCGAAAAUAAUCAUGUCAGAACGUUAUGGUUUUUCCUUGACAACCUUUAGUCCAUCGGGCAAACUUGUUCAAAUUGAAUAUGCUUUAAACGCUGUCAAUGCAGGUUCACCAGCAGUUGGCAUUAAAGCCUCGAAUGGAGUUGUAUUAGCGACGGAGAAAAAAAGUAAAUCCUUAUUACAUGACGAUCGUACAAUUCAUAAGGUCGAGUCCAUUUGUAAAAACAUGGGCCUUGUCUAUAGUGGCAUGGGUCCUGAUUACAGACUACUCGUCCAGAAAGCACGCAAACUAGCACAAGAAUACAUGCUUGUCUACGAACAAAAUGUACCACCAACACAAUUAGUUAAACGAGUUGCUGAUGUUAUGCAAGAAUAUACUCAAUCCGGUGGUGUACGUCCUUUUGGUGUAUCCUUACUUAUCUGUGGUUAUGAUUACGAUGAAGAUCGACCAUUCUUGUAUCAAUGUGAUCCAUCUGGUUCUUAUUUUCCAUGGAAAGCAACAGCAAUCGGCCGUAAUUUUGUGAAUGGAAAAACAUUUCUCGAAAAACGAUAUUCUGAUCAAUUGGCACUUGAAGAUGCCGUCCACACUGCGAUACUAACAUUGAAAGAAUCGUUCGAAGGACAAAUGACUGAGGAUAAUAUCGAAAUUGGUAUUUGUGAUAAGGAAGGUUUCCGUCGUUUGACACCUGCUGAAGUCAAAGACUAUUUAGCACAAAUCGGAUAA